AGUUGCAAUAACUCGCAUUGCGCCCCAAUUUCUACCACCCUAUUCUUCCUAUCACUACAAUGGGUCGCGGAGGACGCGGCGGCGGACGCGGACGCUUUCGCGGUAAGAAUAAAGGUCGCGGCGGCGGCGGCGGCGGUGCCAGAGACACAAGAACCGAGUCUUGGAACGACAUCCAGCGCAAGAAUGAGCUUUUCGAGAGCUACUACCGCAUGGGCGGAUUUCUGGAGGAAGCCGAGUUCGAAGAGAUGUGGAAGUACUUAGCCACGGACCUGCCCAACAGCUUUCGCUUCACAGGCACCAAAUCCGAUGCGCUCGCCGUGCGCGAGAUUUUCAAGAAGCGCUAUAUUCCUGCGAUUCAGUCCAUGGACUUCGAAGGCGAACCAGUACAGCCGCCGCAAGCGGUCGCAGCCUUUCCUGAUGAGCUAGUGUGGGACAUGAAGACGCACAAAAAGGUCAUCCGGCGAUACGCGCCCUUCGCUGAAUUCCAGAAGUUCCUCGUUGCAGAGACAACUUCCGGCAACAUCAGCAGACAGGAGGUGGUGAGCAUGAUCCCACCUCACUUCCUGGACGUCAAGCCCGGCAUGGUUGUACUGGACAUGUGCGCUGCGCCUGGAAGCAAGACGGCACAGCUGGCGGAGAUGAUUCAUGGCGACGAGGAAGAGCGGGUUGCAAAAGCGGCCCGCAACGAAGAUCCGAACGUUGACGGCGAAGGCGAUUAUAGCGACGAUGGACGUUCCACCGGGCUGCUAAUUGCGAAUGACUCCGACUACAAGCGCGCUGGCAUGUUAACCCACCAAGUCAAGCGACUCAAUUUCCCAAAUCUCAUCGUGACCAACCAUGAUGCUGCCAUCUUCCCAUCUGUCGAGCUUCCUCCCCUGCCAAGUGGCAAAAAACAGUAUCUCAAGUACGAUCGUAUUCUGGCAGACGUUCCUUGCUCAGGAGACGGCACUGCGCGCAAGAAUCCCAAUGUAUGGUCCAAGUGGACUCCCAAGGAUGGUCUCGGCCUGCACAACCUACAGCUGCGCAUUCUCUUCCGCGGUCUUCAAAUGCUCAAAAAGGGCGGUCGCCUUGUUUACUCGACCUGUAGUAUGAACCCCGUCGAGAACGAAGCUGUCGUCGCUGCCGCCAUCGAAGCAUGUGGUGGUAUUUCCAAGGUCCAGCUUGCUGACGCCUCCGGAUAUCUGCCAAACCUGAAGAGAAAACCUGGGCUGAACAAGUGGAAGGUUUAUGACACUUCGGCAGUUCCCGGUGGCGAAAAGACUGCGCAUCUUUUCAAUAGCUGGGAUGCAUUUGUGAAAGCCAAGCAAAAGUACGAUACGGAGGAACCCGAGCGACAAUUUUCUAGCAAGAUCUCCCCAGGAUGCUUCCCUCCUACGGAGACAUCCGAGGAAGAGCGCAUACCUCUGGAGCGUUGCGUCAGGGUCUACCCUCACUUGCAAGAUACGGGAGGCUUCUUCAUAGCUAUAUUGGAGAAGGUCGACGAUAUCAAGAUUGCGCAGAUCAGUGCCUCAGACAACACAGAGCUCCUCCGUAAGGCGAUGCAGGACUCGGAAGCUACGACACCAACCGCCACAACCGUGGAGCCCUCCGAUGCACCUGAACAACCCAACAGCGCCGCGUCCCCAUCAAAACGUAAGCUGGACGAUGUAGACGUCGAGAAGACCGAGGUAGUGAAAAAGGUGAAGACUGAAGAAGCUCCUCUACAGCAACCCGUGACCGACUCAGACACCAAGGCUGGAGCAGAAACAUCCGUUAAGGCUUCAAACGGCGCCGUUACCAAGGCCUCAGGUGACGAGCCCUCUAAAUCCAAGGGUGGUCAGCAAAGUAGUAAAGAGUAUUUCGAAUGGGUGCCCGCCGACGACCCAUCGAUUGCUCAAAUUCUCGAUUUCUUUGGUAUCUCCUCGCGCUUCCCCCGUGACCGCUUCAUGGUCAAGAACAAGGAGGGCCUUCUUCUCAACAAGAUCUAUUACACGUCUGAGCUUGCAAAGACAGUCAUCAACCAGAACAAAAACCGGGGCAUGAAGUUCAUUCACUGCGGUGUCGUCAUGUUCGUCAGCCACAAGAUCAAGGAUGCCGAGCUCAUGAAAGCACCUUGGCGAUUACAGAACGAAGGUAUCCGUAUUCUCGAGCCCUGGGCGGAGCAACGUAUCGUCAAGUGCACCAACAAGAGCACGCUAUACAAAUUGCUCAUUGAGAUGUUCCCCAAGAUGCCCAAGGAUGGAAGCCACGACAUUGGCGAGGUGGGCGACCAAUUGAGUGGUAUGGAUAUUGGAUGCUGCUUUGUGCGCAUUGAGCAGAGUGAAGGCGAAGAUGGAUUCCCAUUCCGAAUGGUUCUACCGCUUUGGAGACAUCCUGGAAGCGCAAACUUAAUGGUAGAUAAGGACGAUCGGAAAGCGAUGCUCCUCCGCUUGUACAACGAGAAAGACCCUCAGAUCAAGAACCACGUCGCUGAAAAGGCAGCUGCCGCGGCCGCAGAAGAGCAGAAGUUGAACGAGCUUGAGGCCAAGGAGGCGGAAGAGGAGGCAAGCAAGGACCCAGCAGAAAUCGAGGCCAAGCAUGCGAUGGAAAUCGAAGAGGAGGGAAGUGUGAAGCUUGAUGAUGCGAUGGAAUUGAGUUGAGGUGGCUGACCCCAGCUCGCUCGCGCAACUUGGUGUCGUGCGUGUGGGCAAGAUGCAUGCAAAGCGGUGGGCAAACCGUCAAGCACUACUACUGCUACUUUUCCUGAGUGCAGGACAAGUGGGCUACCGCAAUACGAGUUCCUGCGACAGCCCGAUGUAUUUGAGAACUAUUUACACAUGAUCAUGCAUUUACACAAGAUCAGAUCUAGUAAUCACAACAUACGGGCCAUGGCGUUGGGUGUGUUUUGGGAGCAAUCCAGAUGGGAUCAAGGUCUUGAGAAGAGUAGCGUUCCUAGUUCUCAUAGGUCCAACUCGAGCUCUGGCCGAGACAGACAUCAAUUAGUGCAAUAAAAAAUCCUGC